GUAUUAAGAUUUUAUUUCGAUUUUGCAAAAAAUCGAAAUGUAGUUAUCUAUAAUAAUUAAGAAAAGUGUGUGUUAUGUAUUAGUGUUUAUUUUGUAUAACUACUUAAGCAUGUCGGAUUUAAAAAUAUGUCGAAUAUGUUUACGUACAGAAGCAAAAGUGUACAAGUUCGAUCAAUUUCAAUUGAAAUCCUAUUAUGAAGAAGUAAUGGCAUUAAAAAUAUCUGAUGCUGAAACCCUGCCCAGCUACGUCUGCUAUGAAUGUGCCACAUUGCUUCAUAAGUUUCACAAGUUCAAGGAGAAAUGUUACAGUGGACUGAAGGCUCUGCGGGAGAUCUCUUGGAGGGGCCCUUUGAGCUAUGAAGCAGUUUACAAAUUUGAUAGAGCAGAGAGGAACCUACAAUCCUCUCUAGAAAUAAUGACUGUUACCAAUAGAAUCAAAUCAUACACCUUAACAGACCACAAUUUAACAAACUCUGUAAAAACAGAGGCCAACAAACAAAACAUUGAAAUCAACUACAUCGGAGACAAUAAUGAAGAUAAGAGUUCACUCAAAAAUGUUGAAUGUGGAGAAAAUAGCCAUGAUGAGAUUUCAGAUAAAAAUGUUGAAAAUAUUACAGUCACCACACAAGACAAUCAAAGUAUAGAAAUGACUGAUAAAGCACCAGUAACAGUAUUCAUAGACGUAAAGAAAGAAGGUAUAACCACAGAACCCCUGAAAGUUAAACAAGAAAGUGGGACAAGCAAAGAAAUGUGGUCAGAGGCAGAUGUGAUGAAUUAUGCUUCGAUCACACCGAGAAGAACCAGAUAUUUGGAUGCAAACUAUUGGAAGAAAUACAUCUUGUCCGAGGAAGAAGCCUUGAAAGAGUUUCGAGCUAGAACUGAGGAUGCAAAGUAUUUGAAAGCUGCGUUUAAAUGUACUGAUUGCUUUAAAGGGUUUUCAAAGAAAGAAAUGUUGAAUAGACAUAUUGUUUUGCGGCAUAAUGAGUCCAUAGGCUCGUACGAGUGUCGCGUGUGCAAGAUGAGGUUCAAGUGGGCGAGCCACCGGCGCGUGCACGCGAGGCAGCACUACGCGCGCUACCGCUGCCUGCGCUGCCCGUUCAUGUGUCCGCUCGAGAACACAGCCUUACUGCACGAGGAAUACCAUAGCGGGGUCACCAGGAAGUGCAUCCACUGUAAUGAGGAAUUCAGACACGCGUCGACGUACUACACGCACGUGCGCACGGCGCACCGCGCGGCGCACGCGUGCGUGUCGUGCGGCGCGUGCUACGGCAGCCGCGAGUCGCUGCGGGCGCACGCGGCGCGCGCACACCCGCCCGACGCCGUCGAGAGUCCAGACGACGACGACCCCGGCCCCACUGCCUGCGAGCGCUGUGAUGUCACAUUCGCCUCGGCCAGGGCGUACGAGGAACAUCUGUUCCAUUCUAUCAUGCAUACUGACGGUGUUGAGGACCAAAUGAAAGAUGAGUUCUCAAUACCGAGAAAGGUGCUCGGAAAACGGGAAAGGGCUAAGAUAACCAAAGAGCUACGCCGAAAACGCAAUUCUGAAGAGGAUCCGAAGGCUACAGCUUCAGAAACUAAACGAAAGAAAAAGGUGAAACGGAAGAGAAGGAAACCCACAACAUGUCACCAGUGCGGGCUCCACUUCCCGACGCAACAAGCGUGCAUGCGGCACCACGUGACGUCACAUCCGGGCACGUCGUUCCACCCGGCAAGGCACGUGUGUGAAAUAUGCGGGGCGUCGCUAGCGCCGGGCAGCGUGGCGGUACAUCAGAACAUGCACUCGCGCGAGCGGCUCCACCCGUGCGGCGCGUGCCACAAGCAGUUCCACUCGCUGGUGGGGCUGAAGAGACACUCCGUGACGCACACGGGUGAGAAGCCGUUCGAGUGCCCGGAGUGCCACAAGCGGUUCACCCAGAGCAACAGCAUGAAGCUGCAUCAUCGGACUAAACACCUCCAACAACCUUACCCGAAGCGCAACCGUCGCAAGAAGCCUACGCCUCCUGAACAACCGGAGGAGUCGUCAUCAUCAUCAUCAGCAUCAUGCCUCUCUUCACCGCCGCAGCAGCUGUUGGAGACGGUCCACGACAAGCUUUAUACCACCCUGUAGAUGUAUACAGAGCCUAAAGCCCUAAAGAGAUAGUGGGGGGUUUGCAAUUUACGAAAACAGAAAAAGUUUAGGUUUUUUUUUGAGUUAUUGUAGGUCUAGUACAGGUUUGUUAGACUGUAGGAAACUAUAAAAGUUUACGUUUUCUCGCAUACAAAGUGGCGACUCUAGCAGAAACUAGAGUUUUGACUGAUAAUGUAUGCAGAUGACAGAAGAAAACAUAAACUUUUAUAGUUUUAAAAAAUUACAAAGCCUGUACUAGACGGGCUGCAUACAUUAUCUGUCAAAAGUUUCAUCAUAGUUACCGCUAGAGGUCUUUCAAGAUUAGUACCUAUACCACGUUUAAAACACUCUGUAUGAUGCGUUUAUUUUGUGGAAAAUAAUCUAGUUAUUAUAAUACUCGUAGUAAGUUUGUCUGAUUAGGUUUGUAAGAAUAUAAAAUAUAUCAAAGAUUAUGUAAGUAAAGUAUAGUAUGCAAUAAUGGUAUGAGAUCUACUGUCUCAAUUUUCUGUCUUUAUUAGAACCACUCUUUUAAUUAUUAUUUAACAUUUGUGUAAAAAAAUAACAGUCUAUCUAAAAGUUUACGCGUUUUAUUU